CCUGUCAGUUCCUGACUUUAUGCAUGUUUAUUUCUACUCGUUCUAUAAUAUUGCAUUGGAAUUUCCUGUCUUAGAUAGUUUGCUAUUGCAUCGCCAGGACUCUUAGAGAAGCUAUUUGGAUGAUUGAGGGAUAAAACCUCACCUUUGACUUGCAAAACACACCUGAUUUAGUCCUAGGCACCAUGAAUAAGAAUACCUGUAGUCUACGUGGGAAGAGCAAGAGUGUUUCAGAAGAAACUCUGCAUCACAGCACUGAGGAUGAAGAGCCUUCCCAGGGAAUGGAGCCCUAUCUCGUGCGGAGAUUAUCGUCCCGUAACAUUCAGCUUCCCCCACUGGCUUUCAGGCAGUUAGAACAGGCAGACUGGGAUAAAAAGAAUGAUACCGAGACUAUCCCAAGGCCCACAACUCUUCCACUGAGGAUACCUCCUCUGAUUGCCAUUACAGCUGCUGAGUCCAGCAGGUAAGAUCCAGCAAUUUAUUUAUUCAACAUUUCUCGGGGCAGGUACGGGGCUGCUGAUGCUGCCAGUAGGAAAAAAGUUUAUUUCUUUU